AUGGGGAGAGCGGCCGCCGCAGGAGGAGGCGCUGGAGGGGCGCGCCGGUGGCUCCGGUGGCUGGGGCUCUGCUUCUGGGCGGCGGGGGCUGCGGCUGCCCGAGGAACUGACAAUGGGGAAGCCCUUCCUGAGUCCAUCCCCUCAGCUCCUGGGACGCUGCCUCAUUUCAUAGAGGAGCCAGACGAUGCUUACAUCAUCAAGAGCAACCCCAUUGCACUGAGGUGCAAAGCAAGGCCAGCCAUGCAGAUAUUCUUUAAAUGCAAUGGCGAGUGGGUCCAUCAAAAUGAGCAUGUCUCCGAGGAGAGUCUGGAUGAGAGUUCAGGCUUGAAGGUCCGGGAGGUGUUUAUCAACGUCACCAGACAGCAGGUAGAGGAUUUCCACGGGCCAGAGGACUACUGGUGCCAGUGUGUGGCCUGGAGCCACCUGGGGACCUCCAAAAGCAGGAAGGCCUCCGUGCGCAUAGCUUAUUUACGGAAAAACUUCGAACAAGAUCCUCAGGGAAGGGAGGUUCCCAUUGAAGGCAUGAUAGUGCUGCAUUGCCGACCACCCGAGGGAGUUCCUGCAGCUGAGGUGGAAUGGCUGAAAAAUGAGGAGCCCAUUGACUCCGAGCAAGACGAGAACAUUGACACCAGGGCUGACCACAACCUCAUCAUCCGCCAGGCACGGCUCUCGGACUCAGGCAAUUACACCUGCAUGGCAGCCAACAUCGUGGCCAAGAGGAGGAGCCUGUCAGCCACAGUGGUGGUUUAUGUGAAUGGAGGCUGGUCUUCCUGGACAGAGUGGUCAGCCUGCAAUGUUCGCUGUGGUAGAGGAUGGCAGAAACGUUCCCGGACCUGCACCAACCCAGCUCCUCUCAAUGGUGGGGCCUUUUGUGAGGGAAUGUCAGUGCAGAAAAUAACCUGCACUUCUCUUUGUCCUGUGGAUGGGAGCUGGGAAGUGUGGAGCGAAUGGUCAGUCUGCAGUCCAGAGUGCGAGCAUUUGCGGAUUCGGGAGUGCACGGCCCCACCCCCAAGGAAUGGGGGCAAGUUCUGUGAAGGGCUAAGCCAGGAAUCUGAAAACUGUACAGAUGGUCUCUGCAUUCUAGAUAAAAAACCUCUUCAUGAAAUAAAACCCCAAAGCAUUGAGAACGCCAGCGACAUUGCUCUGUACUCGGGCUUGGGCGCUGCCGUGGUGGCUGUUGCAGUCCUGGUCAUUGGUGUCACCCUUUAUAGACGGAGCCAGAGUGACUAUGGCGUGGACGUCAUUGACUCUUCUGCAUUGACAGGUGGCUUCCAGACCUUCAACUUCAAAACGGUCCGUCAAGGUAACUCCCUGCUCCUGAAUUCCUCCAUGCAACCAGACCUCACGGUCAGCCGGACAUACAGCGGUCCCAUCUGCCUCCAGGACCCUCUGGACAAGGAACUCAUGACAGAGUCCUCACUCUUUAACCCUUUGUCUGACAUCAAAGUCAAAGUCCAGAGCUCGUUCAUGGUGUCCCUGGGCGUGUCUGAGAGAGCAGAGUACCACGGCAAGAAUCAUUCUGGGACUUUUCCCCAUGGAAACAACCGCAGCUUUAGUACAAUGCACCCCAGAAAUAAAACACCCUACAUCCAGAAUAUGUCAUCACUCCCCACCAGGACAGAACUGAGGACCACUGGGGUCUUUGGCCACUUAGGAGGACGCUUAGUCAUGCCAAAUACAGGGGUGAGUUUACUCAUACCACAUGGGGCCAUCCCAGAAGAGAAUUCAUGGGAGAUCUAUAUGUCCAUCAACCAAGGUGAACCCAGCCUCCAGUCCGAUGGAUCCGAGGUGCUCCUGAGUCCUGAAGUCACCUGUGGCCCUCCAGACAUGAUCGUCACCACUCCCUUUGCAUUGACCAUACCACACUGCGCGGACGUCAGUUCUGAGCACUGGAACAUCCAUUUAAAGAAGCGGACGCAGCAGGGCAAGUGGGAGGAAGUGAUGUCGGUGGAGGAUGAAUCCACAUCCUGUUACUGCCUUUUGGACCCCUUUGCAUGUCACGUGCUCCUCGACAGCUUCGGGACAUAUGCCCUCACUGGAGAACCAAUCACAGAUUGUGCCGUGAAACAGCUCAAGGUGGCGGUUUUUGGCUGUAUGUCCUGUAACUCUCUGGAUUACAACUUGAGAGUCUACUGUGUGGACAAUACCCCUUGGGCAUUUCAGGAAGUAGUUUCAGAUGAAAGGCAUCAAGGUGGACAGCUACUGGAAGAGCCAAAGUUGCUGCAUUUCAAAGGGAACACCUUCAGUCUUCAGAUCUCCAUCCUUGACAUUCCCCCAUUCCUCUGGAGAAUCAAACCAUUCACUGCAUGCCAGGAGGUCCCAUUCUCCCGCGUGUGGUGCAGUAACAGGCAGCCCCUGCACUGUGCCUUCUCCCUGGAGCGCUACACGCCCACCACCACCCAGCUGUCCUGCAAAAUCUGCAUCCGGCAGCUCAAAGGCCAUGAACAGAUCCUCCAAGUGCAGACAUCCAUCCUGGAGAGUGAAAGAGAAACCAUCACGUUCUUUGCACAAGAGGACAGCACUUUCCCUGCACAGACUGGCCCCAAAGCCUUCAAAAUCCCUUACUCCAUCAGACAGCGGAUUUGUGCCACCUUCGAUACCCCCAAUGCCAAAGGCAAGGACUGGCAGAUGUUAGCACAGAAAAACAGCAUCAACAGGAAUUUAUCUUAUUUUGCUACACAAAGUAGUCCAUCUGCUGUCAUUUUGAACCUGUGGGAAGCUCGUCAUCAGCACGAUGGUGAUCUUGACUCCCUGGCCUGUGCCCUUGAAGAGAUUGGGAGGACACACACGAAACUCUCAAACAUUACAGAAUCCCAGCUCGAUGAAGCCGACUUCAACUACAGCAGGCAAAAUGGACUCUAG